UAUCAACUCCAUCCGACAUGCCCAAAAAUAAGUCUGAAUCCUGGAGAUACGAGAUCGUGUUGUCCCUUUGAGCCUGCCAUCCCCACGCUGCAUCCUUCGUCCAUCGCUACAGCUGUGGUUGGUUUGGUUGGUUGGUUGGUUGGUUGUGCGAGGAGAGUUAACUCGCUAAUUUACGCGGUUGGAUUGCGCCGGCAUGUCUCCCACCCGCGCGGCGGCUCAGGCUCCAGUUUUCAUCCCGCAGCAUCUGGCGAGCUUUUUUGUCUUCCCUUACUCCCCCUUUUUCCCACCUCUUCCUCUUCUUCUUCUUCUUCUUCUUCUUCUUCUCUCUUCCAGCGAGACAACGCGCGUGGCUGCUGCUUCUGCACGCAAUCCGUUUAGGGUUUGCCAGCCCCAUUGUUUUGGCUUUGCGCUAAAAACGUGGCUGAACCUUGCUCUGAUCUGCUUACCUCAUAACCCUGCUGAUGUAAGCACAUCUCGCUCGCCAAUCUGUGUCCUAGAAAGAAGAGGAGUAGAAAAAGCAGACGGUGAGCGGUGGAGAAAAGGCGGGCAGCCGCAAAAAGGAGUUCUCGCAGGUUCGUUGGGGGGGAUCGAGUUGCUGGAGGGCUGGAUGGUGGUGUCGUCGUUCUUUUCCCCCUCCCCUCUGUUUGUGUGUUGACAGACCGACUUUUGCUCACUUCGCUGAAUAUCUGUGGUUGUUGUCACUCCCUAGUAGCCUCGCUCAAUCGUUAUUAUUUAGGGAUAGCAACUCGCGAUAGCGCGGGGUUACCAAUUGCAAUGUAGCAAGGAGAUUAACUCCCUCUGGAGAGUUAAUAUCAUUCCUUCUGAGAUUCC